CCCAAUGUGAGGUGUGACCAGCCUUUAGUGAUGUAAUACCAGGCGUUGCUGUCUGAUAUAAAACCAACAGUCUGUCACCAGGACCGAGAAGACAGAGCCAGAUCAAGACUCAACUUGUACCAGUGCAUCAACAGCUGAAAAAAUGGAAAACACCAGUUUUGAAGCUGAAAACAUGACCGGAGGCACAGCACAAAACACCACUGUGCAGUAUGCGGGAUUUACAAACCUUAAAGUAUUUUUCUGCAUUUUCUUUCCCACCAUUGUUUUGGGUCUCAUUGGAAAUGGGCUUGUCAUAUUUCUGACUGGCUGCAGAAUGAAGAAGACCGUCAACUCCAUUUGGUUUCUCAACUUGGCAGCUGCAGACUUCAUCUUCUUGUUUUCCUCAUGCAUGCUAUCUCUCGCAUUGCAGUGGAGAAUAUCAUUAAUAUAUGUAAUUUUCUGCAUAAUCUCACCAAUAAAUCUGUUUGCUAGUAUUUUUUUUCUUGUAGUUAUCAGUCUGGACCGAUGCCUGUGCACAUGGAUGGUUGUUUGGGCUCAAAACAAACGUACUUUACUUAGAGCCAGGAUCAUCUGUAUAAUUGUGUGGGUUUCAUCCAUCGGCUGCACCAUUCUUUUCUUUGUGCUACCUUCCAUUCCUACCUUCCUACCGUCCUCUUUUGUGUUCCUGAUCACAUAUGAAUUUACAGUGGGCUUCCUCAUCCCCUUUCUGAUCAUUGCAUCUUCAUAUAUAGCUAUUGGAGUACGAAUCAAACGCUUCAAAGGCAGAAAGCAGCUCAGGUCGUACCGGGUCAUUAUACUAAUCUUAGCUUUUUUCAUAUGUUCGUUUCCAUUCCAUGUUUGGUGUUUUUAUACAGUACAAUUAAAUUAUGAAAUAGUGUUUGGAAUUGUCAGUGUCUACCUGCUUCAUUUAAACAGCUGUCUGAACCCCAUUCUCUAUGUGUUCAUGUGUGAUGAGUAUAAGAAGAAGCUUAAACAGUCUCUGCAGCUGGUGCUGGAGACAGCUUUUGCUGAAGAUCAUCUGCACUUUAGUGCAGAUGGAAGUGGACAAGCAGGACAAGAAAACCAAACUGAACUGUUAGAUCUGUAGAAAAGUGGUCCGUAAAUAGAGAACCUGGAUCUAAUCCAGUAUGUCCUUAUCUAGCAACUUGUUAAAAGCAGCAACUACAAAAUUCAUUUUGAUGUAUGACUGUAUGCAAUUUAUGUUGUAAAACCAAACAGAGAAAGUCUGUUCAAGUAUAGGCUAAUGAACAUUAUAUGUUUGUGAAACUUUUCAUGAAUCCAAAUAUGCAAAAGCUCAUUUUGUUAUGCUGAUU